UGUGCGUUUGGGUAGUGGUAGUCGAGCAAGCAGUAGUUUUAAUUUAAGACCCAACAGAGUUGUAAAAAGCACACCCCAACAGCUUUUUAAAAAGCUCAAUAUGCCAAGGAGGUGUAUUGUUGCUGGGUGCAGUAAUACCCACAAGGACGGGGUUACGACUCAUUUGUGGCCCAAAGACGACAAACUAGCUUUGAAGUGGGACCAGUUUGUCCGGUUGACGCGAGCGGAUUGGAUUAAGGGAACCGCGGCCACUACUGUAUGCGGUGCUCAUUUCACCCCGGAGGACUUCGAUGGCUAUAAUCAGUGGAAGGCAGGAUUCGGAAUGAGACUCCGACUGAAACCAUGUGCUGUGCCGACCGUGAAUGUGAAGCCUGCCAUUGCAACCUCUGUUUCUGACCGACCUAACGUUACGUCAAAAACGUCAUCCGUGAUGAAGAUAAACCGGGUGGAAAAAGUGACGUUGGGCGUGACGACAAAAGAUGAGGGAUGUCAAUAUGAAACACCAGCAUGCAACAUUAUAGCACCACCACCUCCAAGAUGUGUUCUGGUAAAACACAACGUGUCAACACAGGCUUAUUACUACAGAGAAGAAAAGAGAAACAAAGCCGUCCAAGUGUGGCCAAUACGGAAGAAUGUCGGAGUCAAUACUUCAUUUACGGAGGACAUACCACGAAAGGAAGUGAACCGUUUACACUCUGUUGCGGUGUACAUGGCCAGGAAGUACGUGGUCUACGAAGACUGCCUCCUUCCGUUGUUCAAGACUUGUCCGGUCUGUCGCGGCUCCUGCAGCAUCGACAAGUUCAUCCAAGACACCCUGCUCACCAUCAACCAGUUCUGCAACCACUGUGACCACCGGAGCCAAUGGAAGAGCCAGCCCUUUAACCUCCCAGCUAGAUACCUGUCCUCUUCAGCAGCCACAUCAUCGACUGGCACAACAACUGGCACCACUACUGGCACAUCCACCGAUGCUCUGACUGACUCCUCAACUGGCCCAUCAACUGGCACCUUCGAUUCUCAGACCCUGAAGACAGCGGAGGACAGUGAUCUUCUGUUGGAGAAUUACGAUGGCGAUAUCUGCAACAAGGGUCUGGAGGACAUUCAAACCCUGGUGUUUGAGACAACUUUUCGUAUGGGUGAUGACUCCCAUGACGACAAAGCCAUUAAGAAGAAACGUCAACGUCAGUCCUUGGAGGAGGAACAGGAAGAGGAGGAGGAACAGGAAGAGGAGGAACAGGAAGAGGAGGAAGCGGAGGAAAUGAGUGAGGAGGAGGAGACUAGGGAGGAGGAGAACUCCGAUGUGGAGUGGGAACCUGAGGUUGAGUUAAGUGACCUUCUAGCCUCCGAUUCCGAAUGGGAUUCCCGGGCGCUCUGCCCGGAUUGUGGCACGUUUAUCAAAGGCUCCAAGGCUCACGUCUGCGAGCAUGCCAAGCCAUUUGUCUGCCAGGACUGUGGCAAGCGGUUCGUUAACGAGACCUCUCUCAACAUUCACCAAAGAAUCCACAAGCCAGGCUACGUGCACGGGUGCAAGUACUGCCUCAAGCCGUUCCAGAGCAGGCCGGAGAAGCUGAGGCAUGAGGAGAGCCACCCGCGUGUAGAAAAGCCCUACGAAUGCCCCGACUGCCCCAUACGAUUCAGCGACAUUAAAGCCCGGGACGGCCACCUUCAAAGCCACAGAGGGCCCACAUGGUACAUUUGCGACAUCUGCAAAAUGGAGUUCACGGGGAGUAGCUACCUGGAAAGACACAUGCUAGUCCACAGCGGGGAGAAGCCCUACACAUGCCCCGAGUGCCAGCGCUCCUUCAACCAGGCGAGCCACCUCAAGUCUCACAUGCGCGUCCACACUGGCGAGCGGCCCUACAAGUGCCGGCAUUGUGACAAGUCCUUCAACCACAAUGUGAGUCUGAAAAGCCACGUCCAGCGCUACCAUCCGGACCCUGCCUCUGGGACCAAGGAGAAGAAAGAGGGACAGGAGCCAGUCUCAAACUCAGAGACUCCGACUGAACAACAGGUAGUGAUCGAGGAGAGUCGACAGACUGAACAACAGGUAGUGAUCGAGGAGAGUCGACAGACUGAACAACAGGUAGUGAUCGAGGAGAGUCGACAGACUGAACAACAGGUAGUGAUCGAGGAGAGUAGUGAUCGAGGAGAGUCGAGGCAGACUGAACAACAGGUAGUGAUCGAGGAGAGUCGACAGACUGAACAACAGGUAGUGAUCGAGGAGAGUCGACAGACUGAACAACAGGUAGUGAUCGAGGAGAGUCGACAGACUGAACAACAGGUAGUGAUCGAGGAGAGUCGACAGACUGAACAACAGGUAGUGAUCGAGGAGAGUCGACAGACUGAACAACAGGUAGUGAUCGAGGAGAGUCGACAGACUGAACAACAGGUAGUGAUCGAGGAGAGUCGACAGACUGAACAACAGGUAGUGAUCGAGGAGAGUCGACAGACUGAACAACAGGUAGUGAUCGAGGAGAGUCGACAGACUGAACAACAGGUAGUGAUCGAGGAGAGUCGACAGACUGAACAACAGGUAGUGAUCGAGGAGAGUCGACAGACAAAUGCAGGGACCGGGCAGAAACGAGUGAAGAGGGCAGGGAGGAAGAGGAAACGUCCGACCUUUGACCCUGAGGAGUUGGGGGAGUGUGAGCGUAACAGUGACUCCGACUUCAACCCAGAAGAGGAGGAGAGUGAGAGCAACAGUGACUCUGACUUCAAACCAGGGGCAGAAGAGAGCGGGAGCAACAAGAAGACUACAGGCAGACCAAUAGGCAGGCCGAGAAGAAGACCAGGGACCACCAGAGAGAUGUAUACAGGAAGUGUGAAUGAAGAGCAUGAUGGAUCCAAUCUGAAUGAACAAUGGGAGGAGGAAGAGGAGGACAGGGGGACCAAAAUGAAGGCCACAACUAACUUUACUUAA